UUUCAUCCGAAAAUUCGAAAAUCCGAAGUUUUAGCAACAGACUUGAUAUUAAAUUGAACAAAGUGUCCUUACGUUAAAUUAGAGUUUUAAGCAUAAAGUAAAGUAAGCUUAAAGUAAGAUUACAGGCGCACACACCCACAACGUCCACCCCCAAUAGGAAAGCGCCAACAAAUGCAAUAGGUCAUAAAAAACGAAUCAGCUUCUUAUCAGCAGAAACAACAACAAAAUACAGCCCAAUCCGCCCGAGCAGUGCGGAGGAAAACAUUGCUUGCGGAAUUUCUGACGUGUCACAAGUGCUCAACAGAACAGACCUUAACAUUAAAAACGGAAAUGUGCGGUUCUCCAAACACAACUGUCGGCAAUGGCACCCGAGCCCUCAUCUUGGUCGGUGGCUAUGGCACCCGUCUGCGCCCGCUCACCCUCAGCACGCCCAAGCCGCUGGUGGAGUUCGCCAAUAAGCCAAUUCUGUUGCACCAGCUGGAGGCGCUUGUCGAUGCCGGCUGCCGUCAGGUCAUACUCGCCGUCAGCUAUAGGGCUGAGCAAAUGGAGAAGGAGUUGAAGGUGGAGGCAGACAAACUGGGCGUGGAAUUGAUAUUCUCACAUGAAACGGAACCCCUAGGAACAGCAGGACCACUGGCCCUGGCCAAAUCGAUACUGUCUGCCAGUCCCGAACCCUUUUUUGUGCUUAACUCGGAUGUGAUCUGUGAUUUCCCCUUCAAGCAGCUGGUGCAGUUUCAUCGAAAUCACGGCAAAGAGGGGACAAUUGUCGUGACUAAGGUGGAGGAGCCUUCCAAAUAUGGUGUGGUGCUGUACGACGAGGACGGCUGCAUAAAGAACUUUAUCGAGAAGCCGCAGGAGUUUGUCAGCAACAAAAUCAAUGCCGGCAUCUACAUCUUCAAUCCAUCGGUGCUCGAGAGGAUUGAGGUCAAGCCCACAUCCAUCGAGAAGGAGGUAUUUCCGGCCAUGGCAGAGCAACAGGAGCUGUAUGCCAUGGAUCUGACCGGCUUCUGGAUGGACAUUGGGCAGCCCAAAGAUUUUCUGACAGGCAUGUGCCUCUACCUGAGCUCGCUGCGUCAGAAGCAAUCACCUAAGCUGUACACUGGACCAGGAGUCGUCGGCAAUGUACUGGUGGAUCCCACAGCCACGAUAGGCGAAGGCUGCCGCAUUGGGCCAAAUGUAACCAUCGGACCGGAUGUAAUCAUAGAGGAUGGGGUGUGCAUCAAGCGUGCCACCAUACUAAAAGGUGCCAUUGUACGCUCCCACUCCUGGCUGGACUCCUGUAUCGUAGGCUGGCGCUCGACCGUGGGUCGUUGGGUGCGGAUCGAGGGCAUCACAGUGCUGGGCGAAGAUGUGAUUGUAAAGGAUGAGCUCUAUGUGAAUGGGGGCCAAGUGCUGCCCCACAAAAGCAUUGCGGCCAGUGUGCCCGAGCCACAGAUCAUCAUGUGAGAGGGAUCUUCCUCACUUUAAGCUGUAGUCUAAGUAUGAAUUAGUUUCGUUUCGGUAUUCGACAUUUGUCCACCCCAAUUGCCUUCUGUUGCCACUGUCUGUCCCCCGAAUGAAAGUCCUAAUGUUUAAGCCAAACGAUUUGCAAUAUUUUAAACAAUGAACGAAAAACAAUGAGAAACAUUUCCAAUA